UGUGUGAGCUGAGUGUGUGAGCUGAGUGUGUGAGCUGUGGCAGUAACAAUGCCUUCAGUUCAGUCUCUGAGAGAGUUUAUCAACGAGCGACUAACUGCUGCUGCUGAACAAAUAUUCUUGGAGUUUGAAAAAACGAUCGUCCAGUACGAGGAAGAGAUCGACCGUCAGCGCAGACUGCUGGAUAUCACCUGGAAACCCCAAAUCAAGCUGCACAGGACAGACGUCCCACAGCAGCAGGUCUGUGAGGAGGAGGAGGAGGUUCUCCCUGAGCAGCAGCUCUGUGACCAGGAGAGGAGCUCCAGUGUGGACCAGGAGGAACCAGAACCUCCACAGAUUAAAGAGGAACAGGAGGAACUGUGCAGCAGUCAGGAGGGAGAGCAGCUGGGACUGAAGGAGGAGCCUGAAGUUCAUCAUGAUCCUGUGCAGUACGAGGAAGAGAUGGAGCGUCAGCGCAGACUGCUGGAUAUCACCUGGAAACCCCAAAUACAGCUGCACAGGACAGACAUCCCACAGCAGCACGUCUGUAAGGAGGAGGAGGAGGAGGUUCUCCCUGAGCAGCAGCUCUGGAACCAGGAGAGGAGCUCCAGUGUGGAGCAGGAGGAACCAGAACCUCCACAGAUUAAAGAGGAACAGGAGGAACUGUGCAGCAGUCAGGAGGGAGAGCAGCUGGGACUGAAGGAGGAGACUGAUACCUUUAUGGUGACUGCUGCUGAGGAAGGAGAGCACAGUGAACCAGGAGGAGAUGAGGAGCUGCUCCUCUCCCACAGCUCUGCUGGAGCUGAGAGCCAGGAUCAGGAAGGAGGCAGGAGUGAAGCAUCAGGAUCAGAAAUCCAUGGAAAGACGAAGAAUUCUGUCGACAAAUCUGUAACCUCAGAGCAGGCUGGAGUUAAAAAGAUUGUGACCUGUGACAUUUGUGGGAAGACCUUCAAGUUUAAGUCUCACAUGGAGCAGCACUACCGGGUCCACACGACUCAGAAGCCGUACGCUUGUCAGACAUGCGGGAAAUGUUUCAUUCAGAGCGGCGUUUUAUCCGUCCACAUGAGAACGCACACGGGGGAGAAGCCGUAUUCCUGCGAGCGCUGUGGGAAACGUUUCAGACACAACUGUUCUUUCCUCGCCCACAUGAGGAGCCACACGGGGGAGAAGCCGUACCCCUGCAACGUUUGUGGGAAUAGAUUUGCUGACUCGUCCUCACUGAAGAAACACACGGUCAUCCACACGGCAGAGAAGUCGUUUCUUUGUGAACGAUGCUCUGCUCUGUAUGAGCCCGUUGCCAUGGUGAACGCUCAGGAGGAUGAGGAUGCAGCUGCAGCUCAGGAUUUAUUCACUGACUCUGCUUUCAGGCCAGCACGUGUGUUUAUUGAGCUGAUAGAGGAGGCUGCAGGUCAGUUAAACAUAGGUGCCACCAUGCUGACUCGAGGCUGCAGGCGCUCUGUGAACGACGACUCUGGGGGUCGCUCUCCUACGUGA